AGCUGGCGCUCACUUGCUGGCCGUGGGCGCGCCGGGCAGGUUCUCUCAGUCUAUCAGCUUUCUGCCCGUUCUGCGUGUGGACAGCUCACAACUCUCCGACAGCACCAUGACUCUAGAGGAAAUCCGCGGCCAGGACGCUGUUCCGGAAAGCACCGCCAGGAUGCAGGGCGCUGGGAAGGCGCUGCAUGAGCUGCUGCUGUCGGCGCAGCGCCAGGGCUGCCUCACCGCCGGCGUCUACGAGUCCGCCAAAGUCCUGAACGUGGACCCCGACAACGUAACCUUCUGCGUGCUGGCUGCCGACGAGGAGGACGAGGGCGACAUCGCGCUGCAGAUCCACUUCACGCUGAUCCAGGCGUUCUGCUGUGAGAACGACAUCGAUAUUGUGCGCGUCGGUGACGUGCAGAGGCUGGCGGCGAUCGUGGGUGCAGGCGAGGAGACGGGCGCGCCUGGGGACCUGCAUUGUCUCCUUAUUUCGAACCCCAAUGAGGACGCGUGGAAGGACCCUGCCUUGGAGAAGCUCAGCCUGUUCUGCGAGGAGAGCCGCAGCGUCAACGACUGGGUGCCCAGUAUCACCCUCCCCGAGUGACAGCCUGGCAGGGGCCUUGGUCUGAUCGACGUGGAGACGCCGCGGGGCGCCUAGCGCGGCUGGCUCUGUGGGUGCGCCCUCGGAGGGCGGGCGCCCGAGUGUGGCGUGGAGACUGGCAGGCGGGGGCGCGUGGAGAGCGGCGAGGAGGCGCGGGGUCGGCGGGCGGCGCAGGGGCAGGCUGGCCCCAGCGCAGGACUCCGCGCGUGCGGCGCGUGCGGAGAACGGUUGUUUGCCCAGAAGGCCGGAGGCGGGACGCUGGCCGCGGGGUCGGAAAGAACGGACUGGCGGGGCGGCGUGACUCAGCAGGCUGCGCUCCCUCCAGGAAGGAGGGGAAAGGCCGGACAGGCGAGGCGGCCUGGACUCGUACAGUCCCAGAAGCUGGGACGGACUGAGCAGUCUUGCAGGGCUGUUUCAAAGCGCAUUGGCCGACGCUUCGUUUCCUAAAGGAUUAUGCUGGUGCAGCUUUGAAUUUCACAAUAAACUUAACGAAACAAA